GAAUUACUGCAGCCAGCAAACAAAUUGAGUUAAGAAAUUACUGUUGCAAAGGGUUUAUUGCAGAACAAUCUUCGCAGAGGAGAGAAGAGAAAACCCUAAUCAGAACGGUAUAUGGAAAUGCGGAUAAAACAUUAGUCAAACAAAAACAGCGUUCUUGAGGAAAUUAUUCCCGUUUCCGUCGGUCUGUCGUCGUUACAGUGGUGGUUCGGUGGUGGCCGUGCUCGGUUGUCGGCGUCGGUGGGCAUUAGUCAUUUUAUCGUGUGCUAAAACAUUGGCGGAGCGUUAUGAUCUUGGCUGUUUGAGAUUAAGGUUGCUUCAACCUUCAAGGUUCAAGGGUCAAAGUUGAAGACAGUUCCUAAUUCCGAGGAAGAAUAUUUUGUUGGCUCAGAAACAGAGGAAAGGGUGUAAGAAUUGGAAAAGAAACUAGAAGAAGUAGAUAUUAGCUGUGUGCAAUCAAAUAUCAACGAGUAUAUAACCGAGCAUUUUGUGUCAUAAGAAUGGACUGUGGAGGGCUGGAGAAGGGGAUUGAAGAGUUGAAAUUGAAGGAAGAAAAGGGUAAUCUACAUGUUCAGGAACAGGCACAGGGUCAAUUGCAGAUUACUACCUUUUCUGAGCUUGUCAAUGAUGUCAGCCUCCAUUUUCAGAUAAUUCGCUUUCCCAAUCAGAUAUAUGUGUGGAUUGGUUACAACUCUGCAAAAUUGGGACACAUGUAUGCAGCAGCUCCCACUCGUCCUAACAAUUCAGUAUCUGUCACUUCCAUACUCGGAGGGUUUUCUGAUAACACAGGGACUGGCAUUGCUCAUCGAUUAGUGUUAAAGACUGGUCUCAACAUAAUUUUGGCUUGCAGUAUUCCAAAAAAUAGCCCCAUGCUUGAGAUAGAAGCUGAGAAAAUAUUGAUUCAGAAACUCAUUAGUCUGGGCUACACCAAGUCUAGAUCGGGAGGAACAUCUUUGUAGCACGGGUUAGAGAGGCUUCUAUACGUAUCAAACCUGUAUUAUCCUAGUUUUUUUCUACCUGAUUUAGCAGCCAUGGUUUGUGGGUUAUUGAAGAUUAGAAGCAUUUUUACUAGACACCACAAGUGUUAAACAAAUAGGCGUUUUUUCUCGAAUCUCCUCUCCAUGUUAGGUGCAAGUGUAUGUGAAGACUUGGGAUUUUCAAACAUUAUAGGAUUCUUAAACGAAAAUUCUAGCAGAUAUUCCGAAUUAUUGUUAUAUCAGAACCCUUGCAGGUAAUGAAAAUGAUGCUACAUAUUUGAGUGAA